CACUGGCAGCACAGUCUCAGCUGCUUCAGCACCACGGAGAGCAGCCUCUCCCAUCCCUCCUCCUCCUCCGCUCUCCUCCAUCCAUUUAUCCUGCCACCAUCAUCACCUAGGCGGGGAGAGAGAGCAGCAGCACAGGCCUGCAGGACUCGGAGGUGGGGAGGGGUCCGGGCUGGUGGUAAGGGAAGCCUGCAGGCCUGCGGCUUGCGGACGGGAGCUGUCCUUUGUGGGUUUAAGGAGUGUGCUUCUUCAGCUGUGCAUGGAACCAAGCUUCAUUCAGUCGGCCAUGGCUUUAGGCUUGCCAUCUAAGAAGGCUUCUUCAAGGAACAUUGCUGUGGAGAGGAAAAAUCUGCUCACUGUGUGCAGGUUCUCAGUGAAGACACUCCUGGAGAAAUAUACAGCAGAGCCAAUUGAUGAUUCCUCAGAAGAGUUUGUGAAUUUUGCUGCAAUUUUGGAACAUAUCUUGAGCCACCGAUUCAAAGGACAUGUAAGCUGGUUUAGCACAGAUGGGCAGAGAGGAUUCUGGGACUAUAUUCGUAUUGCUUGCAACAAGGUUCCCAACAAUUGUAUCAGCAGCAUUGAGAACAUGGAAAACAUAAGCACGGCUAGAGCAAAGGGCCGGGCCUGGCUUCGCCUAGCACUCAUGGAGAAGAGGCUGUCAGAGUAUAUAGUGUCGGCACUGAGAGACACCAGGACCACUAGGAGGUUUUAUGAUGAUGGGGCUAUCCUACUGCGUGAAGAAUCCUCCGUGCUGACUGGGAUGCUGAUAGGACUGAGUGCCAUUGACUUCAGCUUUUGCCUGAAAGGGGAGGGCAUUGAUGGGAAGACUCCAGCAGUCAUAGACUACACCCCAUACUUGAAGUUCACACAGAGUUAUGAUUACCUAAGUGAGGAGGAGGACAAAGAGAGUGUGGUUGGCAGCAGCAGCGAGGACAGCUCCCCCGAGCACCCCUAUUUGCCUUUGCUCACAGAUGAGGAGAGCUGGUACAGCAAGUGGCGGAAGAUGGAGCAGAAGUUCCGUAUUGUCUAUGCACAAAAGGGAUAUCUGGAGGAGCUGGUUCGUUUGAGAGAGUCUCAGCUAAAGACUCUAGAAACGGAGAACAAGAGACUGACUCAGAUACUCAAUGAACACGGAGAGCAGAGUCUUCAAGAGAAGCACGAGCUAGAAGGAGUCAUCCUUGAACUGCAAGAACAGCUCACUGGCCUGCUCCCCUGCGAAACUGCCCCCAUCAAACAAUUCAACUCAAGCAUUGGGGCCCCUCUCGUAAAUCAGUGGCCCUCCCUUGGCAAUCUUAAUGACAAUGAGACAUCUAUUAACUCUUCGCUCUACAGAAGACAUAGCUACCUGAGCACUGAGCAUCUCUCUGCUGAGCUCAGCCUGAGCUCUGAAUCCCAAAGGGGAGAAGAUAAACAUGAUGGGGAACCCUGGGGUCCUAUUGGUAAGGACCCCACUCCCUCCAUGUUGGGUCUGUGCGGAUCUUUGGCAUCUAUCCCCAGCUGUAAAUCUCUGCCAAGCCUGAAAUCCAAUGAAUGCCUUGUCAGUAAUAGCAGUGAGACGAGCCCUGCAGCAAGCCCCAGCUGAGUCCUUCCUGCUUAACUUCACCAACGCAUCACAACCUGGGCCACAAGCUGAGAAGCCUAGUCAAACUCUAUAUACCAUUAUAUGUUCCUAUGAAUAAAUGUGGGCUCAGUUAAGACCUCCCAACCUUUAUCAUAUGACUUUCUAAAACUGAACCUUAACUACGUAAUUCACAACAGGGAAGAUGAUAGCCCUGACACCAACCACAGAAUUGAUUCAAGGAUAACCAGUUCCUGAUACCUUGUAACACCUAUUUCCAAGAAGAUACAGCUUACAAAGUCCUAUGCAGCACAUGAACCAUUAUAGAUCAUUGUCCUUCUGAAACAGUUUUGGUCCAGUAUGCCUCCUUGUUGUGCUCAUGGACCAACUGGAGAGUUUCAACUCAUGAACCCUAUGUGGGCAGAAGUUGUCUCCUUUGUCUAGACAAAAGUAUAUCAAAUAUUGUGCAUCGUACUACUGGUAACAAACUGUGGUUGUCAUGGAAACUGCCUUCUCCAGAGGAUGCUGUGCAACUCUGUCCAUUAAACUGAUAAACUGUG